AUGGGAGUCAGAGGCAGCAUUGCACCCGAAAUCGGAAAUCUUUAUUCUCUUGCUUCUCUUGAUCUAAGUGGAAACUAUCUUAAUGGUUCUAUUGCUCCAACAAUCUUCAAUCUGACGGUAGUCGAAUCUAUCAAUCUGUACGAUAAUAGUUUGUCGGGUUCGCUUCCAAGGCACAUUUGCAGGUACAAUAGACUUCAACGACUCAAAGUACUUGAUCUUGGAAGUAAUGAAUUGGAGGGAGAUAUACCAUUGAGUUUGGAUCAAUGCUCACAACUUGAGAGGAUAAGUUUUGGAUUGAACAAACUUAGUGGGAAUGUGCCCAGAGAAAUUGUGAACAUCACAAAGCUUAAGGUAUUAGACCUUAGUUUCAACAAUUUAAGAGGUACUUCUAAUUUAUAUGCUCAUAAUUUAUCAAUCUCUUCAUAUGUGAUAUCUAUAAAUCCAUUGUCCUUGCCUUUGUUGGAGUUGCUGAGCAUUAAGGGUGAAUUCUCUUUGAACUUGUCAAAUUGGUUGCCCCAACAUAACAAAUGA